CCAACACCCUCUUUAACCUUUAUAUAUACACACCCCUCUUCUCCAAGUUAAAGGCCAAAACAUAACACACACAUUCCUUAAACUUAGAAACUAUGGAUUGGUACUCAUGGCUUUCAAAAACAAACCUUGAUCCAUCUCUUGUGUAUGAGUAUGGCCUAACUUUUUCACACAAUGAACUAGAAGAAGAAGACAUAGUUUACUUCAACCAUGAAUUUCUCCAAAGCAUGGGAAUCUCCAUAGCCAAACAUAGGCUAGAAAUUCUCAAACUUUCAAGAAAAGAAAAAGGUAAUAAGAGGCAACAAAGACCAAUGGCAAAACUCAUAGUAGCAAUCAAAAGGACAAAAAGGUCAUUAGCUAACUACAUAAGGAGAACAUUGGUUACAUGUGAAGAAUCAAAUUCAGCACUUGUUGUUGUUCCAACAUCAAGGGCUAGCAAUUAUUAUGGAACAACAAGAUCAUGGAAGAGGAGUAAUAAGAAAAUGAAAGUGGCUAAACAAGAGAGGUUAUUGCUUACAAAUGGAAGUCCUAGUCCUACAAUUAUGCCUGCUCUUGCUCUUGAUAGUUUUUCUAGUCCUAUGGUGUAUCAUUUUCAUGAGGGAAAGAUUAAAAGAGAUGGUGAUGAUGAUGAUAAUGGUUAUUGGUCAGCUGCUGUUGAAGAUAUUAGGUGGGAUACUAUGUUCCAUGAUCUAAAGCCAAAUUAAUAUUUUUUAUUUUCCUUAUUUUUUAUUAAUUUUUUUCUUUUGGGGUUAAUUAUUUCAACCCCAAAUUUUUAGUGGGUGUUUGAAACUUCAACAUAUAGUCAAUUAACUUGACGAAAGAGAAGAAACUUCAAAUUGGCUUUGAAGUUUAUGUGAUUGACGUGUCUGGUGAUACGGAUUCACCGCAAAUUCAGACAUGUUAUAUAUUAGUUGGUGAAAGAUCUGUUUUUUAGAUUCUUCCACCAAAUAAAUUUAGAGUCUUUUUUUUCUACUUUUCACAUCCAUUUUCUAAAUUUAAAAAAACACAAUUAUUUUAUUUUAUUUUAUUUUAUUUUAUUUAAAUAUACUUUUGAAUUCAUGUGUAUUUUCUAGAAAAGUUGGGGGAAGAAACUCUCUAGAUUUGAAUAUGCUUUUGUUUGCUUUUUGUUUUUUGUUUUUUUCAUUAGUGGUGUGUGGGGUCAUUGGAAUGGGUAACUACUUUAGCACUUAUCUGUUUGAGUAAUGAAGUUGUCUACUUUAGCUUUUGCAUGAAUGUGUCUUUUAGCUUUGAUAGGGGAAUUUUGGAAUUAGAUUAGCUUCUUUGUGGGGAGAGAAUGAUUGAUGUAGCUUACUUCCUUAUAGCAAAUGUUUUGGGUCUAAUUAACCUGA